CCCGACACCCCGGAUUUGUCGCCUGACGCAAUUAGUCCAACGUCGUCCCUCCUUGAUCUGCUGCUGGCCCAUACGCUUUCGCCAUGCUCUUGCCUUGAUAUACCCUCUGAUUCUUCGUCUUUUUCCCGCCUCACUGCUGCAGUAAUAACCAUGGCUUCUUUCCUGCAAAACUACGCUACGGGCAUUAUCCAGAAUGCCGCGACCGGUGCCGCAACCUAUGCCAUCACGACAGGCGGCCGCGUCGUUGGCGACGUCGUCAUCAGCGCCGGCGACCUGAUCGAAGGCGGUGGCCGAAAGGUCGGUGACAACAUCGAAGGUUACAUCGAUCGCUACGGUAACUGGAUCCGCUCCUACGGCGAUGGCAUGAUCACCUCCACGGCCGCUUCGUCCGGCGGCCCGGCCCUCAAGGCCCUACCCGCCAGCACGGGCGGGCCCAAGCGCCCCGGCUUGAAGAAAACGGCUUCCGAUUCGAAAGCACUGCCCUCGACCGGCGCGAAGAAGGCUCUGCCCUCGGCUGGCGCGAAGAAGGCCCUGCCUGGCCCUCGCCCCAUGAAGGCUCUCCCUGCCCCGCCUGGCGCGGGCGCUGCAACCAAGAAAGCCAAGGACACCGUCGGCGGCGCCGCUGGCGCAGCUAAGAAAACAAUCCCUUACAUUUCGCCCUCGCCCGUCUCGGCGCCAAAGCCGAACAAGAAGACCACGGCCAAGCCGCCUGGACCACCGUCCGUCGUUAGCGGUCCGCCCUCGGUCAAGGGUCCCGAGUCUGUGGCGGGCGGAGAUGAUGCGAAGCCGAACAAGCGUCGCGAUAAGAGGCUUGCGGAGCGCAGGGCCAAGGAGGCUGAGGACAAGGGCCAGGCUCCUGGCGGCUCAGGCGCGAACAAGCCGAGUUUCGGUGCCCCCGCGGGCGGUAAUACGAACACGAAGGGCCCUGGAGGGCCGCAGAGCAAGACGAUGCCGAGCGGCAAGGUUCGUGUUAACCCGGAGUCGCGGCCGCGGGCGACGGUGUCUGGCAAGGUGGGCGGAGGCGAAAAGAAGAAUGGAAAGGACAAAAAGGAGGGAAUUGCUAGCAAAACCCCUGCCAAUUACGGGAAGAUGGUCGAUGGCAAAUACGACUUCUUCGCAAUGCGGUCGGAUGCUGGAUCACAGCGGGGAGCGGGUUCAGUCGCUGGCGGCUCGGUAGCUGGAGGAAGCAAGGGCAAGGGCAAGGGCAAGAAGGAGGAUGCGAAUACCCCCAAGUAUGGGCAGUUCUUCUAGAGGAAGCGGGAAGGAAGUAUGGGAAGAAAGAAGAGGGAACGAGUGAAGUGUGGUUGGUUGUCAUGUGAGUAUGAAGUCAUGAUGGUCUCCUUUGGGUUCUGUUCUGUUCUUUCCAUGUUUAGGUAAAAAAACAUGGAAAUUGGGCGUUGGAAAAAUCAAUGAAAUACGAAUUGUAUGGAUGAACAACAUCAUCGUUCAUCAUCGCUAC